AUGGCCUGGCUGGGGAAUGCUGGGCAGGACACCCCGGAUGGAGGUAGGGGCCAUGCAGAUGCACGCCCUGCAGCGGGAAAUGCCAGCGUGGAGCCCCCCAGCAUCGCCCCCCCGGAGUGGGGCUGCGCCUGGAGCCCCCUGGACGAGAACGGCGGGGAGCCCCUGCGGCUGCCCAUCUUCUCCCCCGCCGCCCAGGUGCGCGUGGCCGUCACCUUCACCCUCUUUGCCCUGUCGGCCGGCUGCAACCUGGCGGUGCUGUGGGCGGUGGGGGGCCGGGGCAGYGGCCGGCGCCCCCACAUCCGCCUGCUGCUGCGGCACCUGGCCGCCGCGGACCUGCUGGUCACCGUGGUGGUGAUGCCGCUGGACGCCGUCUGGAACAUCACGCUGCAGUGGCGGGCGGGCGACCUGGCCUGCCGCCUGCUCAUGUACCUGCGGCUGCUGGCCAUGUACGCCUCCGCCUUUGUCACCGUGGUCAUCAGCCUGGACCGGCAGGCCGCCAUCCUGCGCCCGCUGGCCAUCGCCCGCGCUCACGCCCGCAACCGCGCCAUGCUGCACGUGGCCUGGAUCCUCAGCGCGGGGCUGGCGGUGCCACAGCUGUUCCUGUUCCACACCAUCACCCUGCGCCCCCCGCACAACUUCACCCAGUGCACCACACGCGGCAGCUUCCCCCAGCCCUGGCACGAGACCCUCUACAACAUGGUGGGCUUUGUCUGCCUCUUCCUGCUGCCRCUGCUCAUCAUGGUCUGCUGCUACGCCCGCAUCCUGCUGGAGAUCUCCCGCCGCAUGGGCUCCGGCCUCUUCUCCUCGCAGGACGCAUCGCUGCGGUGCUCCAGGAACAACAUCCCACGGGCCCGGCUGCGGAUGCUGCGGAUGAGCCUGGUCAUCGUCUCCUCCUUCAUCCUCUGCUGGACCCCCUACUACCUGCUGGGGCUCUGGCACUGGUUCUGUCCCCGUGCCAUGGAGAAGAGGGUCUCACCRGCCCUCACCCACAUCCUCUUCAUCUUUGGUCUCUUCAACGCGUGCCUGGACCCCAUCACCUAUGGGCUCUUCACCAUCCCCCUCCGGGGGGGCUGGGGUUGCCCUUGUAGGCACAGGCCCCUGGUCCAGCCCCCCUCCCCAGCCACCGGCUCCUUCCGCUGCUCAGCCUCCUCCCUGCCACCCAAGUGGGGAGUCCAGGGGAUGCGGAGGUCCCCAGGGGCUGCCAGCGAUGCCUCCUGUCACAGCAGCUCCCUGUGA